UCUUUACAUGUCUAAUUGAGCCCCUUCAAACAAGAUGGCCGCUUCCGCUGAGCAUCCCUUGCCUGAGCCUGCCAAGCCCUUACUUGGGCUCCUCAAUGGUAUCGCUCAGGCCACCUUUUAUGGCAACACAGAGAUCACGGAGGAGCUACUGCGGGAGCAGCUUUACCCGGAAACGGCGUCGCAGGAAUUUGGAGUUCUACUGGCUAAAAUGAAAGGAAUCGUCAAGUCAAUAGCUUCAGCUGACAUGGAUUCAAAUCAAUUAGAAGCUUUUCUGACUGCACAAACAAAGAAACCAGGGGGAAUCACAACUGAUCAUGCUAUAGUUAUUGCAAAAUUUUGGAAGAAUCAGCGAGCAAAAAUUCACGAGAGUCUGAUAAAUCAAAGCAAGUGGGAAAAUAGCUUGAAAAACAUAAGCUGGAGAGUAGAUUUAAAAACACAGUCAAGACACAUUGACCAGAUGAACAGUCCUGUGGCAAUAGUUGAAAUGGAACUUGAGAAAAAUGGACAGGAAACUGAGCUUUUGACCAUGGAAUUUGAUGAGACCGAAUUGAAUGAAAUGUUGAAAAAACUUUCAGAGAUUGAAGAUAGCAUUAUUUCUCUGACCCAAGCAUCCUGACUUUUCACUUAAAACAGUGUUUGAUUCAUACUAAGGUUAACCUUAGUUACACAUGUAGAUUAUCCUGGACAUCAUACUAUUCUUUCAGCAGUGUUUGAAAACUUAUAUAUAAACAUGGGAUCAAAGAGGAGGAAAAAAGAUAACGGAGGCAUUCAAACUGAUGUACAUAUUAAAACAAAAGAACAUAGCUGAAUUCAUUGAAAGAAAAUACUCCUCCAGAAAAAUGUUGAAUUUUUAUAAUAAAAGAGCAAAUAUAUUCACCUUUUCCAUUACUGACAUUACUGUGUGAUUUAUUCAUCCAGCCACUGAAAAGCAAUUUGUAGCAAUGGCUGCUGUACAUUUGUAGAUCCAGGAGAGGGAAUUUCAUUAAAAAAAUAUUUUGCUUUAUUUUGCUUUAUAUUUUCACCAGUUCAAAAUGGGUUGUUACUUGAGGAAAAUGAAACAGUAGUGUAUUUUAGUUUUUUCCAUUUCUGUAGCACAAAACCUAGCUAUAGACACUGUAAUAAAAGGUGGUCAUUUUAAAAAAAAGCUAUAUAAAGUUCACUAGCAAUAGAGAGUAAAUACUGUAUGUAUUCACAAGCAUUUUCAGCAUUAACUGUUUCAUUAUCUCAGAAGUAUGGUAUUGAAUACUACAGGACUUAUUGAAAAUGCAGAGUAUAUGGACAAAACAUUAAAGAGAAAUGGAUAUCACCUCUAGAAUGUCUUAAUGCUUAUAAUCUAAAUUCUUUUAUGUCAAACCACCUCCUUCUUCCCCUCAGUUUUCUUCUGCUAUUUAACUUGGCCCUCUGUAAAACAGAUCAUAUUUUUAAAUGUUGCCUUAGAAACUAGCCUUGAAAUGUUUCUUCCAGAAUAUGUGACGAUAUAGCUAUUGAGUUUUUUUAAUGUCUUGUCUACCAGGCUAUCUGUACAGUUUCUUCUUUUAUACCAAGCAGUCAUAUUCCUAUGUGGUUUUUUUCAAAAACCAUAGUAUCUACCCUUAUUAUUAUGCAUUAUAAACUAAUGCUUUCUCAAGUGAGCUUCUUAGUUAUCUUUGUGCAUAGCUUAAUAAAAGCUGCAAUAGGUCUUUUUAGAAAAUCAGUAACUAUGGCUGUACAAAAAAUAACAAAUAUCUAUCAAACUCAACUAAUUUGCAGUAGUUUUAUCUAUUAUUGUCAUUUGGUCCUAUAAACACUGUAAUCAAGCUCAUUAAAGUUAUAAUUAACAUUAGAGAAAUAUACAGUUCUUAAAGAAUCAUGUGUUGCAUGUAUUUACCAUACACAUAUGUUCUCAUGACAUUAUUAAAUGGCUUCUUGACUAUUUGUAGAAAUCCGAACAUAAAAUAACUUUACACUUCUAACUGCCCUUCUUCAGCUUGUUGUCCUCCAAAGACCUUCAGAUUACAUGCCUCAGAAUUUCCAACCAGUUACAAAUUACAACCCCAAAGGCAGGUGGUUAGAGAAAGUUCUUUUAAAGCAUAAUAUUUAGCCUCUGUUCAAAAUACAGUUACAUUGUUUACAUAGGUGUUAUUUUAAUUUGGUUUCAUACAGAGUUGUAUUAAUUAAGGUGAUAUACUUCUGAUUUGUGUGGUUACUAGUGAAUAUGGAUAUAAAAUGGAAGUUUUCUGUAUAUUGUUUUGAGGUAAGAAAUUAGCUUUUUUUAUUUAUCUGAAUCUUGGAAGUUAAAACCUCAUUGCAUUCUUCAUCUCUGUUAUUUUUUAAAUAUGUUGUCUAUUCCAAUACUGAUAUCAUUGCGUGGUUUAUUCAUCCAGUCACUAAACCUUGUGUUCCUACAUUACUUCCAGUUCAUUGUCACCAUAGUGUGUCCUGGUCCUAUCAGCCAUAGGAGUGACUGUAAAACAACUUUAUAUUGAGCUAUUCUGUAACUUUAAUUUUUUAAUUUUCUGAAUAUUUUCAGAUAUUCAGGGAGGGAGGGAGAAGGAAGAAGGAAGGAAGGAAGGAAGGAAGGAAGGAAAUAUCCAAACCUCAGUUUUUAGCCUAUAAUAAUAGGCCUCAUUAUUAUGUAUUGAAAUACCAGUUAUUUUUGAAAUCCUAUCUGCAAGAUAAUUUUUGGUCUAUUUGUUGUUGUUGUUGUUAUUAUUAUAUGAAGUAUGUCUUUGAUUUCUCUCCUUCUAAUGGUAGAAUCAUGUCUAUCUUGUGUUCUGUAUAAUCAUGCAAAUAUAUUUAAGUUUCAAAACAUU